AUGAAGACGCUUCAAUCAAGGAUUGUAAAUGCAGCCACUCUUGAACGGCGCCUUGCGAGAAGGAGAAGGAGCGAUUCAAUCGAGGUCAACAAAGCCCUGAGGCGGAGUUGCGAAUCUUCAGCAAGCUCGGACCUUCAUGGCUCCAGUCUUGAUAGUCAUCGAGAGACCUUGUCUGUUGCUACGGACUACUUCACUUCUUUAUCUGACGCGGACUUGACCUACCCGGCACGAGCAGAUGUUCCAACUCAGACAUCCACUCCUGUAGAUUCCACCCCACUGCCUAUCAUCGCCAACGAUGCCUUCAACUACACGGGCGUGCUUCCGACGUUGCCGGCUCAGGCGCUUGACACCUUUCGGGAUAUUGGGCCCUUAAUGAGAGCUGAUCUGUGA